UCAUCAGGUUGUUAGACGAAGUGAAGAAUAAAAGGAGGGAGGGAAUGACUCCAGGGCAUAUACAUCCGUUUACCAGACCGAUGCAUUGUUGCUCUUUUUUCUCUUGUCUCAGAUUUGGUGGUUUCCAGUGUAAUUCCUCUGCCUGAACUACCAUUACACUUUCUGUUCCUGAUCCAUCCAUGAAUCAUGGUAAAAUCUGUGGCAGUCAUCCUUGCUGGUUGUGGGGUCUAUGAUGGUACUGAAAUUCACGAGGCUUCAGCAGUUAUGGUGCAUCUGAGCAGAGCAGGGGCAGAGGUUAAUUUUUUUGCCCCAAAUAUAGAACAGAUGCAUGUUGUAAACCACACAAGUGGAAGUGCCACAGAUGAGAAGCGCAAUGUCCUGGUGGAGAGUGCAAGGAUAGCGAGAGGAAAAAUCAGAGAUUUGUCUGAACUUAGAGCAGCCGAGUUUCAUGGUCUCAUUAUUCCAGGUGGUUUCGGAGCAGCAAAGAACCUGAGUUCCUGGGCAGUAGAAGGGAAGGACUGCACUAUUCAGAAACUGGUUGAGAAUACCAUAAAAGAAUUCCAUGCUGCAAAGAAACCAGUUGGUCUAUGUUGUAUCUCUCCAGUGCUGGCAGCUAAAAUUAUUCCUGGAUGUGAGCUUACUGUUGGCUACGAUACAGAGUGUGAAAAGUGGCCAUAUGCAGGGACUGCUGCUGCUGUUAAGGACCUGGGGUGCAAACAUGUGAACAAGAAUGUGCAUGAGGCACACGUGGACGUGAAGAACAAGCUAGUGACAACCAGUGCCUUUAUGUGCAAUGCUCCAGUACAUGAGGUUUAUGACGGCAUUGGAGCAAUGAUUAUAGAAGUCCUGAAACUCGCUUAAAGUACAUGUCAACAAUGAUCACAUUGUGUUUGGAUUAAGAUUGAGUUGCGCAGUUUAACACAAGACUGACUUUCUUGCAGAACAAUAUGAAUAUGUUUUUAGCAGCUCAGAUGUCUGUAGAAAGAGUCGUAUGGCACUGAUGCCGUUGGGGUGGAAAGGAAAGAUGCAGCAGUACAUCACACUUUACAACACCUAAGAAGUAACAGUGACAAGACUUACGAUUAUUAAAAUGAUAUUUAAUCUGUUAAAGCAAUAUUUCAUAUAAUAUCUUGACUGAACUCAUGAAAGAAUUUAUCUGAAGCUAGUUUAAAAAAGUGUCACUGUAUCCAUUUAUUUAGCCUUGUCAUUCUUCUGUACUGCUGUAAGAUAUGACAUUAUUACACCUAUCACUUCACACUCAGUACUGCUCUAAGAUAUGACAUCAUUACACCUAUCACUUCACACUCAGUACUGCUCUAAGAUAUGACAUCAUUACACGUAUCACUUCACACUCAGUACUGCUCUAACAUAUGACAUCAUUACAUGUAUCACUUCACACUCAGUACUGCUCUAAGAUAUGACAUCAUUACACGUAUCACUUCACACUCAGUACUGCUCUAAGAUAUGACAUCAUUACACGUAUCACUUCACACUCAGUACUGCUCUAAGAUAUGACAUCAUUACACCUAUCACUUCACACUCAGUACUGCUCUAAGAUAUGACAUCAUUACACGUAUCACUUCACACUCAGUACUGCUCUAAGAUAUGACAUCAUUACAUGUAUCACUUCACACUCAGUACUGCUGUAAGAUAUGACAUCAUUACACGUAUCACUUCACACUCAGUACUGCUCUAAGAUAUGACAUCAUUACACGUAUCACUUCACACUCAGUACUGCUCUAAGAUAUGACAUCAUUACACGUAUCACUUCACACUCAGUACUGCUCUAAGAUAUGACAUCAUUACAUGUAUCACUUCACACUCAGUACUGCUCUAAGAUAUGACAUCAUUACACGUAUCACUUCACACUCAUUACUGCUCUAAGAUAUGACAUCAUUACACGUAUCACUUCACACUCAGUACUGCUCUAAGAUAUGACAUCAUUACAUGUAUCACUUCACACUCAGUACUGCUCUAAGAUAUGACAUCAUUACACGUAUCACUUCACACUCAGUACUGCUCUAAGAUAUGACAUCAUUACACGUAUCACUUCACACUCAGUACUGCUCUAAGAUAUGCCAUCAUUACAUGUAUCACUUCACACUCAGUACUGCUCUAAGAUAUGACAUCAUUACACGUAUCACUUCACACUCAGUACUGCUCUAAGAUAUGACAUCAUUACACGUAUCACUUCACACUCAGUACUGCUCUAAGAUAUGACAUCGUUACACCUAUCACUUCACACUCAGUACUGCUCUAAGAUAUGACAUCAUUACACGUAUCACUUCACACUCAGUACUGCUCUAAGAUAUGACAUCAUUACACGUAUCACUUCACACUCAGUACUGCUCUAAGAUAUGACAUCAUUACACGUAUCACUUCACACUCAGUACUGCUCUAAGAUAUGUCAUCAUUAUACUGUGUAUCACUUUCAAGUGUGAAGUCACUGUUUGUUUUGGAUUGACCCAAUGACACUUUAUGUAAGCAUGACAGUAACAGUCUUCAGAAAGAACGAAACUUUUGUUUAAAUAUUUUUUUUUCAGAGGUACUUACAUAUAGCCAAUGUGUGUAUGAUGCUGGUGUUUACUCAGACUUGCUGGAGAAGUAGGUGACAACGGUGAAACCUGAGUCACCAGGAGUAAAUCCCAGGUUAAACAACACAUUGAGAAUGUAUUAUUGACAGUUUACAAUUAGAAAUCAUUUAGGUGUUUAGUCUUUUAUUUUUGUUUAUUUGAAUGAACUCUGGCUUUUAUUGUUACCAGGAAUGGUUUUUGUUGUUUUUUCUUCUUCUUAAGUAGCUUAAUUUUCACCAUAAAUGCUGCUUAGAAUAAUUUUUGGUUUGGUGAUUUUACUUAUGUGCAGUUUAUUUUUGUUCUAGUCUUCGAAUAUAUUGUCCAAUUUUUCAGUAAUUGUGCAUAUAGAGUUGCAACAUUUUUUAGGAUAGCUUUCAAUGAUUUGGCUUAUGUCAGUCUAUUGGAUUUCAUGAUUUUUGUUUUAAAAAGCUGGGAGAUUCACUAUGUAAAAGGUAUAGAAGAAGUAGUUUUGUCAGUUAGGUUUUUGUGUGAGUGUCAAUCAGUGACUGAAUUUCCAGUCUUGAUGUUUUUUUUUUUUUUGGUGAAGUUUUGUUUGGUUGUUGAAUUGAUAUUUAAAAAUAUUGCGUUGUUUAGAUCUGAAGCUGGUGAAAACAAGGUACCAUACAUAUCAUAUGGGCUUCUGAUCUUGGUAUUUGUCACAGAUUAUGACUUAAUGUGUAAUUAGGGAGUGGGGGAGGAGUUGUCAGGUAGAUGGAAUGAGAAGGUACCAUUUAAUGCUAACAGUUACUAAUAAAAGCAUUACUUUAUGUACGAACAAUAGAAAAAGUAGCUUGGCAAUGACAGGAAUAGAGUUUUUAUUAUUAUUAUUUGAAUUAUUGCAAGUUGUUCAGGCAGCUGUUGAAAACUGUUCUGAUGCUUAGCAAAGAAAAAAUAUGCUAGUCUUCCUCAUUAAAGACGAUACUUUAUCUGCAAGAUUGACCUGCGAGCUUUCAGUGUGUAUGCAGUUAACUCUGUAUCAAGUCAUAAUGUAAGUAAACACUCACUGGCUGCUUUGUGUGAUUAAAGUCACACCAUUGUAACAACACUGACUGGCUACUUUAUGAGAUUACAGUCACACCAUGAUAGAACUCUAACCAGUUGGGUUUAGUACCUGAGCUAAUCGAGAAAUUUAAAUAUUACUGAUUUAGAUUUAACUUUGUCAUACCAUAAAAAAUGUCUAGUUGUUUUUUGAACUGAAGUGUUAUAGCAAUUUACUCCAAUACAAUGAGUGUUGAAUAAUAAAUGGCUAUCUUUUUUGUUUUGUAAAAUAAUAACAGACAUUUUCUUAAGCUUCAUGGAUAACACAGAGACUCAUAGUGACUCCAAUAAAGCAGUCACUAUUUAUUUUAUGUAUGUAUUUAUAGUUUUACAAAUGAAAACAAAAUGGUGAACCAAAGCAUGGCUACAAUAAAUAUGCUCCGGUUUAAUAAAAUAGGUAAGCGCUUUCUCAAUCACAUGGGUUGCUUCAUCAGACCAUCACAUAAAAAUCAAAAAGAACACCAGCACUUGUAUAUACAACAUUUUGAUGUUGUAAUAGAGUUAACCAAUCACAACAAAAUCAAAUAAUGCAAUUAAAAACUUGCGUUGUUAA